GAGAGCCAUCCCCUCCCCUCCCUCACUCAUUGGCUCGACCAAGCAACCAAGAAUAGCAAGGGGGAGCUCUACAAUUCACCAUUUUCACACCCAAAUUCGAGCUCAAGGAAGAAGGUCCAAAGAGGAGUGUUUGGUGAAGGAAAAAGGUUGGGAAAGGCACUUGUAAAGGGUAUUUCAAGUGAUUUCACAAAGUUGGAAAAGUCGCCGGAAUUGUCGCCGGAGUUGACCAAAAGUCGCCGGAGUUUCACCGGAGUUCAACCAAGAAGGGUAGAACUUCUUAACGCUAGUUCAAGGUUGAAGCUAGGGCUUGCUACUUGCACCUCUCUUACGGGUGAUAUCGACUCAGGAAGACGUGGGGUUAUUACAAGGGAAGCCAAAAGGCAUCACAUCAUUUCACAUCUUUCCAAUGGUCAGAUUCUCGUUAUGGACGCUUCUGCCUUCGAUUUCCUUGCUCGAGUGGCCCUUAUUGCUUGCACCCUCUUCAUUAACCCUAUCCUCCAUAUCGGAGUAAGGGAUGAGAUCCUGCUGCUAGGACAGAGGCUUCUUCAUCUCUUCAGAAGGAUCAUUCUCAUCAGGGGGAGACCAUAGUUGGCGGG